CUCUCCCCUCCCAAAACCCUCACGCCGGAGCGCCGGCGCCGCCCACCAUGCUGCUGCACCGGCGAGGCACUCACGUCCUCCACGGCGGCGGCGGCGGGAUACGCCGCCGCCUAUCCGUGGUCGCCGAGGAGACCGUCUCGCCGCCUCCGCCGCCUCGGCAACCCCAGGAGGACUCCGUGGCCGCGGACGCCGAGAAGAAGGUCUCUCCCUCCCCUCGUCCGCCGGGGCAACCUAGGGACUCCCUCUUCCGCCGGGUCGCGUCCGUGGUGUACCCGCGCCUCCCGCUGGCCCCCAUCCUGGAGCAGUGGUCCUUCGUCGAGGAACGCCCCGUCGCGAAGCCCGAGCUCCAGUCCAUCGUCAAGUACCUGUGCCAACGCCACCGCUUCUCCCAGGCGCUCGAGCUUUCGAUGUGGAUGACCGAGCGGCGGCACCUCCACCUCUCCCCCGGCGACAUCGCGUACCGGCUGGACCUGAUCAGCAAGGUGCAUGGCCUCGACAAGGCCGUGGAGUACUUCGACAGCGUGCCGAACCAGCUGAGGCAACAGCAGUGCUACGGCUCCCUCCUGAGAUGCUACGCCGAGGCCAAUUGCGUGGAGAAGGCCGAGGAACUCUUUGAGAAGAUGCGGGGCAUGGGGAUAGCCGGCUCCUAUGCUUACAAUGUGAUGAUGAAGCUUUAUUUCCAGAAUGAUCAGGUUGAGAGGGUGCACUCCUUGCACCAGGCUAUGGAAGAGGGUGGAAUCGCGCCUGAUAUAUUCACUAUUGACAUUCUGGUGACUGCACACGCAGAUGCUGAAGAUGUUGAGGCGAUCGAAACGGUUCUCGAGAGAGCCAAUUCGUGCAAUGAUCUUAUCAGUUGGCACUCAUAUGCUACUAUAGGCAAGGUUUUCAUGAAAGCUGGGAUGCAAGAAAGGGCCUUGCAGGCAUUUCAAGAAUCAGAGAAGAAGAUUGCUAAGAAGAAUAAUAGAGUUGCAUAUGGGUUUUUGCUCACCAUGUAUGCUGAUCUAGGGAUGAAUAGUGAGGUGGAACGCAUCUGGGAGAUCUAUAGAUCCAAAGUGCCACCAUCGGCAUGCAACUCAAUGUACAUGUGCAGGAUUAGUGUCCUACUUAAGAUGAAUGACAUUCCUGGGGCUGAGAAAGCCUAUGAAGAAUGGGAAAGUAAGCAUGUUUACCAUGAUUCGCGGAUAAUGAACUUACUGCUUAAUGCUUACUGCAAAGAAGGUCUUAUGGAGAAGGCAGAAGCUUUUGUAGAUCAAUUCAUCAAGAAAGGGAGGAAACCUUUGGCCAAUACUUGGUACAAAUUGGCUGGUGGAUAUUUCAAGGUUGGUCAGGUGUCGAAGGCGGCGGAUCUCACAAAGAAAGCCCUUGCUUCUGCGAGUAAUGAAUGGAUACCUGAUUUGACAAAUGUGCUGAUGAGCCUGAACUAUUUCAUGGAGCAAAAGAAUGUAGAAGCAGCUGAGGAGAUGGCAAGCUUAUUACAGAGACUGCUUCCUCUAACAAGGGAUGUUUACCAUGGGUUACUGAAGACAUAUGUCAAUGCAGGAAAACCAGUGUCAGACUUGCUUGAUCGUAUGAGAAAAGAUGGUAUCAAUACUGAUGAAGAAACAGAUAAAAUUCUUGCUGGAGAAGUUCACUAGAGGUGUUCAGAGUUGAUUUUGAGAUGGCGAGGAGAUUCAUGUUGUUCACUUGUUCUGGUAUUCAAACCCGAAUUUUCAGCUUGUUUACAUGAUGGACUAGAAUUUACAUCAAACCUUAGCUCCUCGUCAAAAUAUGCAUUUGCACCUCUUCAGUUAGACAGAAGUAGCUGUCAUUUUUUACAUAUUGUUUACUUUGAGAGAUCAACUAACUGUCGUGGUUAUGAGACCAUCACAUGAUACUACCUUGGUAGGAUGGGAACCAUCUCUCAUUUUUGAACUGGUCUUUUCCCCCCUAAAAUAUCGUUUUUGCACUAGUAGCAUCAUAAAUGAGGCCAAGCCGGCUAAGUUCUUUGUUUUGUCACUCUACGCAUGGUCCCUUGAUUCAAAGCCAUGUGAUGGUUUGGUUGAUUUAUUGUUGACAAAACGGUCUAUCAGUCCAGUCAGCAAUUGAUCACCCAUAUUCUUCCCAUCAACACCAUGUGGUAUCACGUCCUGAAUGAGUUGUUC